AUGCAAUCUACUUACCACCAGGCCUCUACUGAAGCCUCACAGCUUGCCGAAUCAUCAUGGUCGUCACCCAGUGGGGUGAACACAGAGUCAAGCGAGUCUGUCUCCUCCACUGAAGAAGCGCAGUCUUCCUAUCACCAAUCCUCUACUGACGCCUAUCAGCCUGUCGAUGCUUCGUCUUCAAGUGGUGUGAACACAGAGCCUAGCGAGUCUGUGCCCUCCACUGAAACCACACAAUCUACCCACCACCAGUCCUCUAAUGAAGCCUCAGAGCCUGCCGAAUCGUCGUGGUCAUCACCCAGUGGUAUGAACACAGAGACUGGUGACUCUUUAUCCUCCACUGAAGAAACACAGUCAUCCGAAUACCAGUCCACUACUGAAGGCUCACAGCCUGUUGAGGCGUCGUGGUCGUCUUCCAGUGGUGUGAGAACAGAGCCUCAUGAUUCUGUCCCCUCCGCUGAAACUACACAAUCUACCAACUACCAGUCCCCUAAUGACGCCUCUCAGCCUGUCGAUGUUGCGUCUCCCAGUGAUGUGAACGCAGAGUCAAGCGAGUCUGUCUCCUCCACUGAAACCACACAAUCUCCCCACUACCAGUCUUAUACUGAAGGCUCACAGUCUACUGCGUCGUCGUGGUCAUCUCCCAAUGGUAUGAACACAGAGAUUGAUGACUCUUUAUCCUCCACUGAAGAAACACAGACAUCCCAAUACCAGUCCUCUACUGAAGCCUCCCAGCAUGUUGAGGCGUCGUGGUCGUCUCCCAGUGCUGUGAACACAGAACUUAGCGAGUCUGUCUCCUCCACUGAAACCACACAGUCUACCAAGUACCAGCCAUCUUCUGAAGCCUCACAGCCUACCGAGUUGUCGUCGUCAACGUCGUCGUCACCUAGUGAUGUGAACACAGAGCCCAGUGAUCCUUUAUCCUCCACUGAAGAAACACAGUCUUCCCACCACCAGUCAUCUUCUGUAGCCUCACAGCCUGUCGAUGCUGCGCCUCCAAAUGAUGUGAGCACAGAGCCUAGCGAGUCUGUCCCCUCCACUGAAACCACACAGCCUUCCCACCACCAGUCCUCUACUGAAGCCUCAGAGCCUGCCGAAUCGUCGUGGUCGUCACCCAGUGGUAUGAACACAGAGACUAGUGACUCUUUAUCCUACACUGGAGAAACACAGUCAUCCCCAUAUCAGUCCUCUACUGAAGCCUCACAGCCUGCGGAUUCGUCGUCGUCGUAUCCAGUUGAUGUGAACACAGAGCCCAGCGAGUCUGUCUCCUCCACUGAAACCACACAGCCUUCCCCCCACCAGUCCUCUACUGACGACUCUCAGCCAGUCUAUGCUUCGUCUCUAAGUGGUGUUAGCACAGAGGGUAGCGAUUCCCUCUCAUCCACUGAAACCACACAAUCUACCUACCACCAGUCCUCUACUGAAGUCUCACAGCAUGCCGAGUCGUCGUCGACGUCGUCGUCGUCUCCCGGUGAUGUGAACACAGAGCCAAGCGAGUCUGUCUCGUCCACUAAAGCCACGCAGUCUACCCACCACCAGUCAUCUAUUGACGCCUCACAGCCCGCCGAGUGGUCGUCGUCGUCUCCCAGUGAUGUGAACACAGAACCUAGCGAGUCUGUCUACUCCACUGAAACCACACAGUCUACCUACCACCAGUCCUCUACUGAAGUCUCACAGCAUGCCGAGUCGUCGUCGACGUCGUCGUCGUCUCCCGGUGAUGUGAACACAGAGCCAAGCGAGUCUGUCUCGUCAACUAAAGCCACGCAGUCUACCCACCACCAGUCAUCUAUUGACGCCACACAGCCCGCCGAGUGGUCGUCGUCGUCUCCCAGUGAUGUGAACACAGAACCUAGCGAGUCUGUCUACUCCACUGAAACCACACAGUCUACCUACCACCAGUCCUCUACUGAAGUCUCACAGCAUGCCGAGUCGUCGUCGACGUCGUCGUCGUCUCCCGGUGAUGUGAACACAGAGCCAAGCGGGUCUGUCUCGUCCACUAAAGCCACGCAGUCUACCCACCACCAGUCAUCUAUUGACGCCACACAGCCCGCCGAGUGGUCGUCGUCGUCUCCCAGUGAUGUGAACACAGAACCUAGCGAGUCUGUCUACUCCGCUGAAACCACACAAUCUACCCACCAUCAGUCCUCUACUGUCGCCUCACAGCCUGUGGAUUCGACGUCGGCGUCUACCAGUGGUGUGAACACAGAGCCUAGUGACUCGCUCUCCUCCACUGAAGAAACACAGGCUUCCCAUCACCAGUCCUCUACUGUCGCCUCACAGCCUGCGGAUUCGACGUCGGCGUCUACCAGUGGUGUGAACACAGAGCCUAGUGACUCGCUCUCCUCCACUGAAGAAACACAGGCUUCCCACCACCAGUCCUCUGCUGACGCCUCACAGCCUGCCGAGUCGUCCUCAGCCUCUUCCAAUGAUGUGAAUACAGAGCCUAGCGAGUCUGUCUCCUCCAUUGAAACCACACAGUCUUCAAACUACCAGUCAACUUCUGAAGCCUCACAGCCCGCCGAGUCGUCGUCGUCGUCGUCGUCGUCUCCUAGUGGUGCGAACACAGAGUCAAGCGAGUCUGUCUCCUCCACUGACACCACGCAGUUUUCCCACCACCAGCCCUCUGCUGAUGCCUCUCAGCCUGUCGAUUCUUCGUCUCCAAGCGAUGGGAGCACAGAACCUACCGAGUCUGUUUACUCCACUGAAAUCACACAGUCUACCAUCCACCAGUUUUUUACUGAACCCUCACAGCCUGCCGGGUCGUCACCUUCGUCGUCUCCCAGUGGUGGGUACACAGAGACUAACGAGGCAUUCUCCUCCACUGUAACUACACUCUCUGCCCACUACCAGUCCUCCAAUGAACCCUCACAUCCUGCCGAGUACUCGUCGCCUUUGUCGUCUCCCAGUGGUGUGAACACGGAGUCAAGCGAGGCCUUCUCUUCCACUGAAACCACAUACUCUACCCACUUUCAGUCCUCCAAUGAACCAUCACAUCCUGCCGAGUCCUCGUUGCCUUUGUCGUCUCCCAGUGGUGUGAACACAGAGCCCAGCGAAUACGUCUCCUUUAGUGACGCCUCACACUCAACCUACUACCAGUUCUCCGCGGAAUCCGCGCAUCCUACAACUCUUUCUGCUUCGACUGAAUCUUCUCAAUCCAUUGCCGCCAGUGCACAGACUGAUGACAUUUCCACCUCUGGUUUUUCACCACUAUCGCUUGCGUACUGCUGGCUUGUAUCUGUUGUGCUUUUUAUCUUUGCUUAUCCGUAG